GACGGGUGACCACGACUGGAGGAAUCUCUUGAGAAAGAUGGCCAACCUGCACAGACACUGGAUGAUGCUCGCCAUGCUCGUGGUGUGCCUGCUGCUGUGUUGGAGUGACUUUGUGGAUGCCUACCCGCCACAGCCGGAGACCCCGGGGGGCAAAGCCACCCCGGAAGACUGGGCCAAAUACAACACAGCAGUCAGGCAUUACCUCAACCUCAUCACCAGGCAGAGGUAUGGGAAGAGGUCAAAUCCUGAGCAGGCGGCGGGCUGGUUGCUGUUUGGGGCCAAUUCAAACCAGGAUGCCGAACCUCGCUUAGAAUACAGUGAUCAGUGGUAAAGGACGUCUGUGAUAACGGUCCUCAGAUCUCCCCGAGACCAACUAACCA